AUGCUAUCCGACGACAAACUCAAGAAAUCAAGGCUCCAUUUGGGAUCUGGACGGGAUAAUGCGCCCGUUUAUGGGCCCCCGAUCCACGCGACCGACAACCUAAGGCACUCAACGGUGUGCGGGCAGGUGGGUGGGUGCACGCCGUUGGGGAGGCUUUCGACGCUCACGAAAAAAAACAUGCCUGCACAGUGGGCGUCGGAGGGGUUGGUCGAGAUAGGGCCAGGUUGGGGUGUUCAAGCCGUUGAAGGUGCGGGUUCUGCUGUGGUGCACAUCGGCUCCGGUAUCUAUCGUGUAUCAUAG